AGGGGCGCGACGGCGGUCGGCGAGGGCCAAGCAUGGCGUCGGGCUCGUCGGGAGGCGGCGGCGGGGCGUCAGGGGCGGCGGGGGGCGCGUACAGCCUGGGCCUGGCCAACGAGCGGCUGCGGCUGCUGGAGGAGCUGGAGCGGGAGAUCGGGGCGGCGCUGCAGUGCGCAGGGACGGUGAUCCUGGAGCUGUCCAAGGAGAAGCCCAACGAGCGGCUGCUGGACCGGCAGGCGGGGCAGUUCGCCGCCUCCGUGCAGAAGGUGGAGGCAGAGCUCUCCGCGCAGAUCCGCUACCUGGCACAGGUGGCCACCGGGCAGCCCCACGAGGGCUCCAGCUACUCCGCCCGCAAGGACUGCCAGAUGGCCCUCAACCGCGUGGACUACGCCCGCCUCAAGCUGGGGGACCUCUGCCGCGCCUGCGAGCCUCUCCUCCUGCCCGCCGAGCACCACCAGCAGCCCUGA